AUGUUUUCCUUUUUGAUGGCCGUUAACAUACUUCUACUCGUUCACGGUGCAGUGUCUAUGGAAGAGUUACAGGCUCACCCUUUCACCGAUGUUACCCUCUCCUGCUCUUUCUCCUUUGUGAAAGGAACAGAAAAUCUUGAGUUUUCUUGGGAAAGAGAAGACAUCAAAGAGGAAUAUGAGGUAGAGGAUGAAAAGGAAUAUUACCGCUUUUACAGGCACUAUGAUUUUUUUGAAGAUUUCUCAAAGUUGGUGUACCAGUUUCGCAAUAACACAGAGCAACUAGAGGACCAAAACUCCUUGUAUGAGGGAAGAGUCUCUGUGGAUCGGGCUGAAGUUUCUAAGGGGACUCUAUCGCUUUUACUAAGAAAUGUGGAUUUCAUGGAUGAAGCUAUCUACAAGUGCUCAGCCAUCACACCAUAUGGAAGAGGUGAAAGUACAAUUAAGCUAAUAGUAGAAGACUCUGAAAUGCCCGAGGUGCAGUAUGAUAGGAUUGAUGAUGAGGAUGUGGCCACGUGUGUCUCUAAGGGCUGGUACUUCACACCCAAUGUGACCUGGCUGGACCGGGCCGAGAGGGACCUGAGCAACCACAGUACCGUGGAGGUCCUGGAGCAGCAGAUGAACGGCAUCUUCAGGGUGUUCUCCAUCCUGAAAUACCCUGUCAAGUUAUAUGAGGAAUAUGUCUGCAGCAUAACAGAGACAGAUGAGAACAACCAACCAUUCAGAAUCAUCCGCAAGUUCCCGAAGAAGAAGUAUCCACGAACAUAUGACUACUAUUAG